ACAGGAGAGAAGACAUUUUCAUGUCCGGAAUGUGGAAAAUAUUUUAGUAAGAAAUCACAUCUUGUAACUCAUGAGAGAACUCACACAGGAGAGAAGCCAUUUUCAUGUCCAGAAUGUGUGAAGUGUUUUAGUCAAAAAUCAAAUCUUGAAAAACAUAUAAAAACUCACACAGGAGAGAAGCCAUUUUCAUGUCCAGAAUGUGUGAAGUGUUUUAGUCAUAAAUCAAGUCUCAUGGAACAUAUGAGAACUCACACAGGAGAGAAGCCAUUUUCAUGUCCGGAAUGUGUGAAGAGUUUUACACAGAAAUCAAAUCUUGUGGAUCAUAUGAAGAUUCACACAGGAAAGAAGCCAUUUUCAUGUCCAGAAUGUGGUAAAUAUUUUAGUAAGAAAUCACAUCUUGUAACUCAUGAGAGAACUCACACAGGAGAGAAGCCGUUUUCAUGUCCAGAAUGUGUGAAGAGUUUUAGUCAAAAAUCAAAUCUUGAAAAACAUAUAAAAACUCACACAGGAGAGAAGCCAUUUUCAUGUCCAGAAUGUGUGAAGUGUUUUAGUCAAAAAUCAUAUCUUGUGGAACAUAUGAGAACUCACACAGGAGAGAAACCAUUUUCAUGUCCUGAAUGUGUGAAGUGUUUUACGCACAAAACAAAUCUUGAAAAACAUAUGAGAACUCACACAGGGGAGAAGCCAUUUUCAUGUCCAGAAUGUGUGAAGUGUUUUAGUCAUAAAUCAAGUCUCAUGGAACAUAUGAGAACUCACACAGGGGAGAAGCCAUUUUCAUGUCCGGAAUGUGUGAAGAGUUUUACAGACAAAAGAAAUCUUUUACAUCAUAUGAAGACUCACACAGGAGAGAAGCCAUUUUUUUCUGCUUGGAAUGCGAUAACUGUUUUACUACAUACACACUAA